AUCAGUAUUAUCACAAUGUGCUAUUUUUGGCUCCUGAGUGCAUCUCUCUUGGCGUCAUCCUUCCCACUCCAGCCCUGGUACGAAGGGCACAAACUCUUCUUUCCCCUCCCUCGUCCUCCGCUGCCGCUCCCGUCUGCGCGGUGCCGCAGAGGGGUCUCCGGACGCUUCUCCCUGGUCCUUCUCAUUUUCCUGGGCAAGAGGCUUUCCAUCCAAAGCUUCAUGCAGGAGGCUUCAUGUUGGCAUCCAGAGUACAUGUCCCAAAUAUGUCCAGCCUCACUUUCUGAUCCUAGUGGCAAGGAGCCACAGACAGAUGACAGUAGCUGUCCUCCUUCCAUUCUGAGGAAAAGGCCACCUGUGGACCAAGCUGUGGGGGAAAAGCGGAGAGCAGAGAGAAGGGUUCGAUUUCGUGAGCCAGAAGAAGUCAUUGAACAUGUCAUUUCCUGCUGUGACUACGUAGUGGCAGAUGACAGGACAUCAUCUGGAUUGCCUGUGCUCCUGUGGCUCUCGUUUUGUGGAGUGCUGAUUCUUGCUGUGAGCCUCUACUACACCAGCAUGAAGCAGGAUGUCAAAGUCCUGGAGGAAUUUCAAUCCCGACUUGUCAUCUUCUUCCUUCAUAUAAGACACGUUGCUCAGAGGUGCUGGACUUGGUUUUUGAGGCAGUAGCAGUGUCCUUCAGCCUGACACUGCUAAGAAACAUCAGUGCAAAUCUCCCAGCCUACUGCAGCCACAUGCAAGGAACACAUGAGCAUCCGCCCCAAAGAGCAAGAGAAUCACCCCUGCUGUGCACCAUCUGGCAAACACUUGUUCUCCUUUUUCCUUCUUUGUUGUUUGGGGUUUUCUUUCACAUCAAUGAACAUUCAAACUAAUGCCUCCUCAAGUCUCCUAAGAAUUAUUUUGCAAAAGUUAAAAUAAAGCUGAGCUGUUGCACAGACACUGCUCUGGUGGUCAAAGGCUUGGAAAGCUGCUAUAUUUAUAUACCUGAAAUGAUUAUUAGUAAAAUCCCAGCUAACAGCUUUCUUGUUUCCCUUCAUGCUUUGUUUUUUCUCCAUGAGCAAAAGCUGGCUCUUAAUGCUUCACUUGACUCCCAGCUGUGAAAAAGAACACGAAAACUCAUUUAAACAGAAAAUAGUUUAUUUGCCUAACAUAACAAAUAGCAGCAUUGGAACCCAGGUUAAUCAUCAAAUCAGUAGUUUAAUCCUCUGGGUUUGAUUCUGUCCAUAAACCCCACAGGCUGACAUGCAAGAUUUAUGAUAGUGCUUGUAUUCAGACAGAGGUUAUGCCUUCGUGUUCAAGGCCCUAUAUCAUGGCAAUGUGGAUUGCUUAUGAAGGUGUUGGAUGCAUAGUUCCUUUAUCACUCCAUUGUCCCACCAUACUAUGAAUUUGUCUGAAAGAAAUCCUUUCGAUGGAGAUCAUGUGAAAUGGUGCUCUUGGGUAUCUGAGAGGAGAACAAAUGACUGCAAGUUCAUGAGCUCCAAAGAACCGGCACAACCAGAUUUUUAGACCUUAGAUUCUGCUAAGGUAGCACCUGAUGUGUGCUUUUGUUAUUUUUUAUGGUAAGAUUGACAUCAGAACCUCUAAGAGCUGAAG